AUGUUUUGGCUUUCAGGUGGCACUUCGCUAGACUUUCUCAUCAAAUCUAGCUUCCUACAAAGCAGCCUUCUUGAAGAGCGAUUUCGAGUCUGCCUCUUGGUUGCCUCGCCCACCACCAUUUGGGGGGAGGUAUGCACCCAGUUUCGAGCACUUGCAUUGCCGGUAACGGGGAGCUGUGUAGUCAACGGUACAUCACCUCUGAAGGUAGACAGCACAAUCUGCAUUACCUGCACAGGAUUCACGAGCAUCUAUGGACAGAUCACCUACAACCUUUUUAGUAAGAACUCGAUUUAG